AUGUCACCUCCACAAACCAGUCCAGCUCUACACCACAUCACACGGAGAUCGACAUCAACAGUGAUCAACGGUCACUUCAACACAUCACUGUCGCCUAUCAAUCUCGCCGUCCGUACACCAUCCGGUGGAUUACCAUCAUUCAGCCGGAAAUCUUUACCGGAGAAUAACCAAGAUUUGUUAUCAUUGUUUCACAAUCUUGAUAUGUUCUGUGCAAAUUUGUUUAACAAUUCCCAACAUUCAACCGAAAAUCUUUUAAGCAGAAUACCCGAUAUUCUUUAUUAUCGUUUUUACAAUCUUGAUAUCGUUUGUGUAGCAGUUCCGGCAUUCAACCGAAAAUCUUUUUCGGGGAUUUCAUAUCAUAGUCUUUACAAUCUUGGCAUAUUUUGUGCAAAUUUGAGUGAUUGUGGCUUUCAAGAUUCGCAGAAGAAGAAGGAAUUCGAUGUAGUUGAGUUUCUGGGCACUCCAGUUAAUAUCAGUGUCGGAUCUUAUGUUUGGGUUGAAGACCCAUCAAUAGCAUGGACUGAUGGACAAGUAUCAAAGAUAAAUGGGGAGGAAGUUGAGAUUCAGACUAUUGAUGGGAAGACGCUUGUUGCAAGUCGGUCAAAAAUAUAUCCGAAAGAUGAAGAAGCUCCUGCUGGUGGAGUUGAUGACAUGACCAAGCUAUCAUAUUUGCAUGAGCCUGGAGUACUGCAAAAUUUGGCGACUAGAUAUCAACUCAAUGAAAUCUACACCUAUACUGGAAGUAUUCUUAUCGCCAUUAAUCCAUUCCAAAGGCUGCCUCACUUGUAUGAUGCUCAUAUGAUGGAACAAUACAAGGGAGCACCAUUCGGAGAACUGAGUCCUCAUGUUUUUGCAAUUGCAGAUAUUGCUUACAGGGCAAUGAUCAAUGAGGGAAAAAGUAACUCUAUAUUGGUCAGUGGUGAAAGUGGGGCUGGUAAGACUGAAACUACCAAAAUGCUUAUGCGCUACCUUGCCUAUUUGGGUGGCCGUAAAGGCACUGAAGGACGGACUGUGGAACAACAAGUUCUAGAAUCGAAUCCAGUUCUUGAAGCAUUUGGUAAUGCAAAAACUGACAUUGAGAAAUAUAAGUUGGGCAAUCCGAAAUCAUUUCACUAUCUUAAUCAAUCAAAUUGCUAUGAACUCGUUGGUGUUAGUGAUGCUCAUGACUAUCUUGCCACUAGGAGAGCCAUGGAUAUAGUUGGAAUAAGUGAGAAAGAACAGGAUGCAAUUUUCAGAGUUGUGGCUGCAAUUCUCCAUCUUGGCAAUGUUGAAUUUGCUAAGGGGAAAGAAAUUGAUUCAUCAGUUCUAAAGGAUGACAAAUCCAAAUUCCAUCUUCAAAUGACUGCAGAACUUUUGAUGUGCGAUCUUCAUGCAUUGGAAGAUGCACUACUGAAGCGUGUGAUGGUAACCCCAGAAGAAGUUAUCAAGAGAAGCCUUGAUCCUCAUGGUGCAACAAUUAGCAGGGAUGGUUUAGCUAAGACAAUAUAUUCCCGCUUGUUUGACUGGUUGGUGGAUAAGAUUAAUUUCUCAAUUGGGCAAGAUGCUAACUCAAAAUCUCUGAUUGGGGUCCUUGACAUAUAUGGUUUUGAGAGCUUCAAAACUAAUAGUUUUGAGCAGUUUUGCAUCAAUUUCACAAAUGAGAAGCUUCAGCAACAUUUCAACCAGCAUGUAUUCAAGAUGGAGCAAGAGGAGUACACAAAAGAGGAGAUUGACUGGAGUUACAUAGAAUUUGUUGAUAAUCAAGAUGUCUUGGAUCUUAUUGAAAAGAAACCUGGAGGGAUCAUUGCUCUGCUUGAUGAAGCCUGUAUGUUUCCGAAGUCAACUCAUGAAACAUUUUCACAAAAGCUUUAUCAGACAUUCAAAGCUCACCAACGUUUUAUCAAGCCGAAAUUGUCUCGCACUGAUUUCACGAUUGCUCAUUAUGCUGGAGAGGUUCAAUAUCAAUCUGAUCAAUUUCUCGACAAAAACAAAGACUAUGUUGUUCCUGAACAUCAAGAUCUGUUAAGCUCUUCCAAAUGCACUUUCGUAGCAGGCCUUUUCCCUCCACUUCCUGAGGACACAGCCAAAUCUUCAACAAAAUCUUCUAAGUUUUCGUCUAUUGGUUCUCGUUUUCGGCUACAACUCCAACAACUGAUGGAGACUUUAAAUUCUACAGAACCACACUACAUUAGAUGUGUGAAGCCCAACAAUCUUCUUAAACCCGCUGUUUUUGAGAAUGUCAACGUCAUGCAACAACUACGUUGUGGAGGUGUUCUUGAGGCAAUUAGAAUCAGUUGUGCUGGAUAUCCUACUCGGAAGACUUUUUUUGACUUUCUAAAUCGAUUUGGUCUUCUUGCACCCGAGGUUUUGGAAGGGACUUAUGACGAAAGGGUCGCAUGCAAACAGAUUUUAAGUAAGACGGGGCUCACAGGGUCUCAGAUAGGAAAGACGAAGGUUUUCCUACGAGCUGGUCAGAUGGCUGACUUAGAUGCACGGAGAGCUCAAAAACUUAGCAAUGCAGCCAAGACUAUUCAAAGGAAGAUCAGAACUCAUAUUACUCGUAAACAAUUUGUUGCGUUGCAGAAAGCUUCUAUUUUUAUACAAUCCGUAUGUAGAGGAAGGCUUGCUUGCAAAUUGUAUGAAAAUAUGAAAAGGGAGGCAGCUUCUCUUAAAAUUCAGACGAAUCAGCGUGGACACCAGGCCAGGAUGGCCUACAACAAACUGAAGUUCUCUGCCAUUGUCUUGCAGACAGGUUUGUGGGCAAUGGCUGCUCGUAAUGAAUUCAGGCACAGAAAGCAAACCAAGGCAGCAAUUAUUAUGCAGGUCAGUACGUGGUCUUUUAUUUUGCUUCAAAGAUUUGAUUUCAUGCGUGCUCUGCUAAAGUGA